CGCAGCAGAAGGUGGCGGUCAUGCGCCUCCAACCAACGGCCGUAAACAGGAAGAAGGAGAAGCCUGAUCAUGCUAAACAUUUCAGAAUGGGUACCCAAAUAAAAGAUGUCAUCAUUAAGCCUGACGCCCCCAACACGCUGCUGCUGGACAAACAUGCAGACUACAUCGCUGCAUAUGGCUCCAAGAAGGACGACUAUGAGUACACGCUGUCAGAGUACCUGAGGAUGAGCGGUAUCUACUGGGGGCUGACAGUCAUGGACCUGAUGGGGCAGCUGCCCCGGAUGAACCGGCAGGAGAUCAUAGACUUCAUCAAAGCCUGCCAGCACGAGUGUGGAGGCAUCAGCGCCAGUAUCGGACACGACCCCCACCUGCUCUACACCCUCAGCGCAGUCCAGAUCUUGUGCUUGUAUGACAAUGUGGACGCGAUCGAUGUGGACAAAGUGGUGGAAUACAUCAAAGGGCUGCAGCAGGAAGACGGCUCAUUCGCAGGAGACAAAUGGGGAGAAAUAGACACAAGAUUUUCUUUCUGUGCGGUUGCUACACUUGCAUUAGUGGGCAAGAUGGACACAAUAAAUGUUGACAAAGCUGUAGAAUUCGUCUUGUCCUGUAUGAACUUUGACGGAGGUUUUGGCUGCAGACCAGGUUCAGAGUCUCAUGCUGGUCAGAUUUACUGCUGCACUGGUUUCCUAUCACUCACCGGUCAACUGCACCAGGUGAACGCUGACCUGCUGGGCUGGUGGCUCUGCGAGAGGCAGCUGCCGUCUGGAGGCCUCAAUGGACGGCCGGAGAAGCUUCCAGACGUGUGCUACUCGUGGUGGGUUUUGGCGUCACUUAAAAUCAUCGGUAGGAUCCACUGGAUCGAUAAGACCAAGCUGCGAACGUUUAUUCUUGCCAGUCAAGACGAAGAGACCGGAGGUUUUGCUGAUAGACCGGGAGACAUGGUGGAUCCUUUCCACACACUUUUCGGAGUCGCAGGUCUCUCCCUACUCGGAGACGAACAGAUCAAGCCGGUGAAUCCAGUCCUGUGCAUGCCCGAGGACGUCCUGCAGAGGGUCGGCCUGCAGCCGGACCUCCUCAGCUAACCAUCCGACACACACCAUCACACUACUCUCACAGACACACACACACAGCUGCCCUGUUAGGCUGCACCCCGACUAUCACGGCCGGAUGUUGGGAGCAGAGCGAGGACCACCACACAUCUCCACAUUAGCUGAAGUCAACAGACACAUUUUUAGGCUUUGCUCUCAACCCGCUGAGGACAAACCCAGUCACACAGUUCUGACUCGAUUCCUCUGAGCCUUUUCUGUCUUCAAACCCUCAAACACUCAUUAUGUUACCAAGUCGCAUAUGUUGGUUUUACUGCAAGAGAACGACUUGGAGAUGUUUUGAAGUGUAACCAUUGUUGCUAAUACCCAGAAAUAAGUAAACAAUAUUCAUCCUUCAUUAUUUUUGAUGUACUCGCUGUAUGGAUGCAACACAGGACUUGUUGCAAACAAAGCUGAUUUUAUUAGUGAUGGGCUGAUGAUCGGGGCUGAUGAUCUGUGAGGGCUUUUUUGUCCAACUGCUGGUAAAAUUAAUUGUUUUAAAAAUGAGCUUCUUUGGCUCUGAUGCAGCCGCCUCUCUGUCCGAAGACCUCUCCAGAGCCCUUAUGUAGAGAGAGUAUUGACAACAGAUGUUCAAGUGCCAAUCGUCACGUGAUUCAGGGAGACAUCUGACAGUUCCAGAAGGUUCUUAUUGGGCCAUUUAAAUGCAUGAAUACAGAGAGACCGAGCUACAGUGCUCGUAUUUGCAGCAAACUUCCAGGACCUAUUGAGAGGUUCCACAAUCCGUUAAUGUUUUUUUUUUUUUUUUUUUUAAAACAAGGUCCACUGGAGUAAAGGAAGAUGAUGCAACUCUCUACUCAAAGGCUCAGGUCACCUCUCUGCGGUCUUGAUAAAUGUUCCUCUCACUAAACUAACUGUCUGCUUACACAUAACUGGGAGGAGCCUUUUAAUCCUGACUAAUUUGGAUCUGCAAAGUAACUGAAAUUAUCAAAUAAAUGCAGGAACUGGAAAUACUAGUAAAGUACCUCCAACUUUUACAGUACUUGAGUAAUUUGUUCUUAGUUGGGUUCAAUCACUGGCUGUUUUGAGUGAUGACGCUAAGAAUUUCAUUUUUACUCAAUAUCAACAUCAAUAUCAGUUAACAGUCUCCUUGAUUAUUAAUAAUUGAUAUGGUCCCUGUAAAAAAAACAAAAAACAAAUAAAAAUUCGAUCCCUAGAUUUUAUUCAUAACAUAAAUCGUAACAGAGGAGGAGAUGUUAUUUUGGUGACUGGAGACACCCAGAGGAGUCAUCUUCUCAUGCCAAGCAUGUUUAAUUUCUUAUCCACAGGCUCAGCUACACUGUUUAUUUAAACCCUGGUUACUCAGUCCAGCUGCGGGCAGACACACUGUGUGUAAAAGCAUGACAUAUUUUUCCAGUCUUAUGAUUUUCAAGAGUCUUUUUUUUUUUUUUUUAAUUACAUCUACUAAUGGGUUAAAACACAUAUUUUUUCUUGUCUUUCAGGAUCUUUGUUUCUGCACUCUUGUCUUACUGAAUACACAUUUUAUCUGUUGUUAUAUAACAGUUCAGUGUUGACAUUGUUACAGAAGUUAAGCAAAUCACGUUGACAUUUGCUAGUUCCGAGGCUGUACCCGAUCUAAAUGGCUGAUAACUGAUAAAUGAGUUCAUUGGACAUUGUUAUGCAAAGUCGUUAGUCAAACAAAAGCCUGUAGUGUCAAUAUAGGGUUUAAAAUCAAAGUUCUCAAAGAGUUGCGCUGCUCAAAGAUGAUUCAAAUCUGAACAACAACACAAAAGCUUAACUACGUCCUGAACAACUUGUUAAAACAAGAGCUCAUGUUUGUGUUGCUGUGGCGGCUCUGAUCCGAACGGCUGCUCGCUGCUUCACGCCUGUACGUGUGUAUAUUCAUCUAACUUAUUUGUUAUCUUGGUUGGCAAUAAAUGUUUCCCUCCAGCUGUGA